GUGCGGCGGCCGCGCUCUACUAUGAGGUUCACCUUCCUCUCGCUGGGGAGAGCUGUCGCCGUGACUCGCCGCUCGGUUUCCUGUCGUGCGUCGGCCGUGCCGUGCUCGCUUGGAGGGUGCCCGCGUGAAGAUGGCGGACACGGGCCUGGCUCUGGCCCAGGAAGGCUGGUACCUUUCUCCAGAAGGAAUUGAAGCUUGUACUACUACUACUACUACUACCACUAAAGUUGAUGUAAAGGAUAUCAUCCGUGUUGCUUUGAAUAGUGAUUUAAGAGCCAUUGGCAAGAAAUUUCUUCCAAAUGAAAUCAAUAGUGGACGAGUGGAACAGCUUGAAGGUCCAUGUGUCUUACAACUACAGAAGAUUAGGAAUAUAUCUGCUCCAAAAGAUCACGAGGAGUCUCAAGCUGCACCAAGAAUGUUGCGUGUGCAAUUGACAGAUGGGAAUGUGAAUUGCAUAGGAAUAGAGUUUAAUCAUCUGUCUAAAAUCAGCCUCAACACCCCACCUGGCACAAAAGUAAGAUUAUUUGGAACUGUUAAAAUAAGGAAUGGAUUUCUAUUGUUGAGUGAUGCCAAUAUUUUUGUCCUUGGUGGUGAAGUGGAUCAACUAAUUGAGAAGUGGGCAUUGCAAAGGAGUUUGGCAAAAUAUAACAGAAGUAAUAUUGGAACUGAAGGUGGACCGCCUCCUUUUGUCCCUUUUGGUCAGAAAUGCUUAACACGUGAUCAAGUUGAUAGCAGAGAUCUUGAUAAGAGGAAAACAUUACAGGUUUCUAACACACAAAAAACUGGUGGAGAUGAUGAAUUUGAAAAGCAAAGGAUUGCUGCUAUUGCAGAAAUUAGCAAGAAUAAGGAGGCAAAGAUAUUUGGUGGAGGAAGCAGUGUCCGGAGCAAUUUGAAUUCGAGUGGUGCAGGCACCAAGAACAAGGAUCCUUUCCAGAAAAAUAGAGAGGAAAAGUAUACAAAGGCAGAUGGGAAACCUGAAGGAGUAUAUCGAGAAUUGGUUGAUGAGCGAGCUUUACAGAACAUAACUGAAAUGGGUUUCAGCAAAGAAGAAGCAAGACAGGCCCUAAUGGAUCAUAGCAAUAAUUUGGAAAGUGCAUUAAACUUCCUUAUCAACAGCAACAAAGCACCACCAGCAAUGCAUAAUCCACCUGCAAGAGGAAAAGGAAGAGGUAGAGGCAGGUCAAGACCCGAAGAUGAUGACAAUUUAACAAAUGCAAGGCCAUCUGCACCAAGCACGUUAUUUGAUUUCUUAGAAUCAAAGAUGAGUUCCUUAAGUGUUGAAGAAUCAAAACUGCAACUUGCGCAUCACCCGAGCACUGACAAAAGUAUUGGUAUGAAGGGCUCUCAGCACAAGAAUGCUCCAUGGAGUAAUGAUCGGCCACAAAAACACGACAGGCCACCUCGCUUCCAAAGGGAGAAUGUAAUUGCUAGACAAGCUUUGGAGAACCAUGGUACACAACGGGUCAGAGGCUCUGAAAGAUACAAUUCUACUGGAUCUAACCAAUGGAUAGAUGAUGGAAGAAGAGGUGGCAAGCAUUACCCUGGCAAUGAAAGGCUAAGAGACUACGAGCAGCAAAUUAGUCACUUGACUCAUGAGUCAGCUAGAAAGACUAAAGGAGAAAGCCAAAUAAAUAAACUAGGAGAUGGUCUGGGUUCACUGGACUUUAAAGGUAGCCAGAUUAAAAAAGAACAUUUGGAUAACAGUGGUCAGCAGCGAGGAAAAUUUGAAAACCAGAGGCAUAAUUAUAAUACUUUCAAUGACCGGAAAGGUAUUGAACUAUCUCAAGUAAUUGGUAGUGGAAUCUCUGGAAAUGUGAAAAACUCAAGGGACUUGAACUUACACGUUGACAACACCUCUACGCGAAUUGUUGAUUCAUGUAACAUAUCUAAUGGACAAUUAGAAGAUUCCUUUUUGAGGAGAAGAACAGGACCUAUCAAAUCAUCAGAACCUAGCCAGUCAAAGUUUACUGAAUAUUCUCAGAGCAAUAAUGGGAUUUAUGAUUCCGGGUCAAAGAAAAGAACCGGACCAAUUAAACCAGAAAGAACAUGGGAAAGACCUUAUGAAACUGAUUACCCUUCUUCAACAGUGUCAAAUAAAUCACAGUUUAGUGAUUGGAGACCAGGGGAUCAGUGUUUAGCUCUUUAUUGGGAAGAUAACAAGUUUUAUCGGGCAGUAAUUCAGGCGCUUCAUCCUUCAGGAGUGACAGCAGUUGUUAUGUUCAGAGAUUAUGGCAACUAUGAAGAAGUUCUUCUAAGUAACAUUAAACCACUUCAGGAGGAAUUUUGGGAAGAGGAGGAAGAAUCAUUUGAGGGAACGUUAGAAUUUUGUCGAGGUGGUGAUGGACAACCAAGGCGUUCAGCAAGACCUACCCAACGGUAUUAUCAACCCCCUGGAGCAAGAAAGUGAUGCAGGUUCAGCAGAAAAGGGUUCCAGAAGCAGAACUUGAUUCCAGCCAUUUAUUUUACAAAUUUUGAAGAUGUAGCAACGUGCAAAGAACACACAACGAUGAACUUUAGUUUGCAGUGUAUAACAUCAGCAAAAAGAACUCGUAGAUAAAAUAAUUAAUUUUUAAAAUCUUGUUCAUAAAAAUUGUAGUGCAAUGUAUUAUUUGUUUUUUUUGUAUUGAACUACAAUAUUCUGCAAUCACAAAGAUUUGAUAUAAUGUCUGAAUUUUUUUGUUUGACAUCUUUUUAAAAGCAAAAAUUUUAGUUCAUAGAAGACCUUAUUAAAUAUGCAAGAGGCAUACACUUGUGCCUUUUCGAGGUUUGAUCCAAAACCAUACAACAAAGCAAUUUGUGGACGAGAGAUUGGGAAAAGGUUUAGGGAAGUUUAUGAAAUAUUUAAUUUAAAAUGACCCUUUUGAAGUACAUUUUUAAAAUAUUGUGUUCAGUUUAACAGUUUUGAUACAAAAUAUCAGCAUAAAGUAGUUCAAGAAUUAAAUUCUUUGGUGUAGAAAAACCUUUUA